UCCAUAACGCACUGUAUCGCCAGUUAACAGCGCUCAAAGGCAGUAUUGUCAGUUGUGGAGGUUAAUUUUAAUGACUGUGUGAACAAUUGUCUUAGUUGGGUUGAGUUACAUAUAUGGUUGUAUUGCUGAAUUAGAAAUUGUGCGGGUUUUUUGAGGAUUCGUGCACAUUUCGGAUAUGGUAUACUGUCAAUCAAAUCUGGCAACCCUGGUGAGAUGGUGCAGCGUCAUUUGGCUUUAUUUUUAUUUUGUUCCGGGUUGGAAAUGUAGCCGCCAAAUUCAAGUGACAAUGGGCGCUAACAACUAAUGUUUUCAAAGAGUUAGCUAGAUAUUUCUUAUGUACUUUAUUACUUAUGUUAUUUUAGCACUUCUUAGAGUUCGUGUAUCCAACAUUCUUUUAGUUUGGAUGUCAAUUUUUUAAACGAGGUUAGGUAGUUUGAAAACUAGCUAACGAACGUUAUCAUGGCAGACGCUAUGGAGGAGCCGAGAAAAGGUUAAGUGAUCCAAUUACAAUGUCUUGGUACACUUGAACAUGUUGGAAAUGAAGGCAAACCACUUGGCAGUGAAGCAGCAAGAAGUUUGGCAGGUUAAAGUUGGUCGUGAGGAACAGCUGAAUGCGACACUCCAGGCACUCAUUAUUAAAAGAGACCAGUUAAAAGCUGAACUAAAGGCAAAUACAUCUCUCCAAAACUUAAGAACUCUCCUGGAUAAAACUAAUGCUCCAUGUGAAAGGGAUGUUGAAGACAUGGAAAAUGGCUCAGAAAACUCACAAACUCUGCUCUUGAUGGCCAGACAUACACAACUGAAGGACUUGCUUCAUGCUCACCACCUCAUUGGAGGGUAUAAUGUGCUCCUGACUAAAGGUAAGGGAGUGUGUGUCUCGAUUGCCACUGCCUAUGAAGGCCUCUACCUUGAGACUUAUAACCUGGAGAUUAAUCUGCAGUGUAAGAUUAGAAUAUCUCGCCACAACAUCCCUCCGUUCAUCCCCCUGGAAACAAUGGUAAAGCAGGGAAACAUGCAGACAGACAUCAGGGCUUUUCUGGACACCCUCAGCCAGUAUCUCAAUGCCUAUGUUGGCCGCAGGCAGCAGCUACACCUCGUUAAGGAGAUCCAUAACUCUGUUCAGGUGAUGGAGAGUAAUGCUCUUUGUACUAUACUGGUGCUGAUGUUCACUGUACCAGGAGAGAAGGCCAGAGCUGCACUGUGUACACUGGAGUAUAACGACCACACACAAUGCCUACCCACCCGGGUUCUCAUUGAGUCCGAAGACACUGCCCUGGCCAGUUCUCCACAGUGGAAGAAGGACCAAGCCCUACUUCUGGAGACCCCAGUACACAGAGCCUUGGUGACUUUGAAGAAGAAAGGCAGUAUUGCUUAGUCUGAACACACAGCCUGUUGUUAAUA